GGCCCAGCUCCGCGGGGCUCCUCAGGGUCCGGGCGUUUGUGCAGGGAGGGGCCCCCGCAGCUCGAGCGGCCUUGGGCGAAGGCAGAAUGGCGCCGGCGCCGGGGCUCCUGCUGCCGCCCGGGGCUCUGCAGGAGCCGGUGACCUUCCGGGACGUGGCGGUGCUCUUCACGCGGGAGCAGUGGCGGCUCCUGGGCCCGGCCCAGAAGGAGCUGUACCGGGACGUGAUGCUGGAGAACUACCGGAACCUGCUGUGCCUGGGACUGGCCGCGUCCAAGCCCGAGGUGAUCCACCAGCUUGAGCGAGGGGAAGCUCCUUGGAGGCCAGAGGAGAGAGUUCCAAGGAGCAGCCAUCCAGAUGGGGAGGUGAGGCUUGAAAUCAAGGAGUCACCCCCAGAGCUGAACAUUUCUGUGGAGAAGUCAUCGGGCCAGGACAGAUUCAGGAGGCAUGACUCCAGCUGGAAAGAAGUCUGGGCAUGGGCCAGAUUAGGGGGGCACCAGUGCACUGAGGAGAGAAAUCCUCAGCCAGUAGUGAGGGGCCAGGAAUAUCAUGAUGAUGGCCAAAGCUGCAGGCCAGAACCAAAGCUUUUCCCACACCAGAGAGUAUCUAUGGAAAAGAAUUUCCACAGAUGUGAUACAGAAUAUAAUAGAAUCAACUCAAAGGAAAUGUCUUCUAGGUACAAUAAUUGUGGGGAUCCCUUCAAUUCUAAAUCUGAUUUUAUGUUAUAUUCUGGACAGCUAUCUCAUGAGCAUAAGGAAUGUAGGAAGAUCAUCAAACUCAGCCCACCCAUUAAUGUAAAUCCUCCAAGUGACAUUGAAGAGAAAACCCCUAAAUAUGAUGAAUUUGGGAAUACUUUCCCCUCAAACACACAAUCGAUUGAACACCAGAGAGUUCACACUGGAGACAAACUUUAUGAACAUAAUAAAUGUGGAAAGCCUUUAACCCCCAGUUCAUCUUUAAGUUCUUAUCAGAGAAUUUAUACUGGGGAGAAACCUUAUGAGUGUAAAGAAUGUGGGAAGACUUUUGGCCGCAGGAACCAGCUUACUGUACAUCAAAGAGUUCAUACUGGAGAAAAACCUUAUAAGUGUAAUGAGUGUGGGAAGGCUUUCUGUAUAAGAACAGAUCUUACUCAACAUCAGAGAAUUCAUACUGGAGAGAAGCCUUAUAAAUGCAAUCAGUGUGGGAAGGCCUUCCGUAUGAGCAAAGAUUGUACACGACACCAAAGAAUCCAUACUGGAGAGAAACCUUAUGAAUGUAAUGUAUGUGGGAAGGCCUUCAGUGGGAGAGAUCAACUUACUCGACAUCAGACUAUUCAUACUGGAGAGAAACCUUAUGAGUGCAAUGAAUGUGGGAAGGCCUUUGGUGGGAGAGGACAUCUUAUUCAACAUCACACAACUCACACUGGGGAGAAACCUUAUGAGUGCAAUGAAUGUGGGAAGGCUUUUAGCCGGAGAGGACAUCUUACUCGACAUCAAAGGAUUCAUACUGGAGAGAAACCUUAUGAAUGUACAGAAUGUGGGAGGGCAUUCAGCCGGAAAGGACAUCUUAUUGGACAUCAUAGAAUUCAUACUGGAGAGAAACCUUAUGAAUGUAAUGACUGUGGGAAGGCUUUCCGCUUAAAAGAUCACCUUAUUCAGCAUCAGAGAAGUCAUACUGGAAAGGAGCCUUAUGAAUGUAAAGAAUGUGGGAAGGUCUUCCGCCUGAGACAUCGCCUUAUUCAACAUCAGAGAAUUCAUAAUGGGGAGAAACCUUAUAAAUGUAAUGAAUGUGGGAAGGCUUUUGGCCACAGUACACAUCUUAUGAUGCAUCAGAGAAUUCAUACUGGAGAGAAACCUUAUGAAUGUAAAGAAUGUGGAAAGGCCUUCCGCCUCAGCAAAGAGUAUACAAGACACCAGAGAAUUCAUACUGGAGAGAAACCUUAUGAAUGUAAUCAAGUUGGGAAGGCCUUGAGUAGGAGAAGACAGCCUGCUGAACAACAGCAUGUUCAUCCUGGAAAGAAAACUUACAGUUCUAAUCAGUAUGAGGUCUUUAAAGAGAACAGUAUGAAUGAGAAAAUUCAUACUGGAGAGAAAACAUAUGGAUGUAAUGAAUAUGAGAGGGCCUUCAGCUAGAGAGGACACUUUUAACAUCAGAGAGUCAUAUUGGGUUGAAUUGAGUUUUGUUAUGUUUGAACAAAAAGCAUACCUGAUACCAUAUAAUCCAAAUACUGGAGAGAAACCUGCAAAAUGUAAUCAGUAUGAGAAGGCUUUCCUUUUGAACUCAUUUUAUUUCAACAUGAAUUCAUAGGGGAGAGACAUAAAGACUAAAGAGGAUGUUGGGCCUUUUAUUUCAAUAGAAAUCUUAUUAGACAUCAGAAUAUUCAUAUGGGAGAGAAAUGUUAUGAACAAAUAUGGGAAGGUCUUUCAUUUGAGAGAUUGCCUUCAGCUUGAGAAAAGUGAUACUGGAAUGAAACUUUGUUAAUUUAGUGAAUUGGCAAGCUCUUUGGCCUCAAACGGCAGAUUACUGAACAUCAGAGAAUUUAUACCACAGAGAAAUCUUAUAAAAAUCUAGGAAGGCUCCCAUAUGAACACAAAAUUUACUGUAUAUCAGAUAAUUCUUAUUAGAAACCUUAUAAAUGUGAUGACUUUGGGAAGGUUUCACCCUUAAAGGUCACCUUAUUUAAGCAUUUCCUACUAGAGAGGAACCUUGUGAAGAAUCUAUGUAGAAAGGGUUCCACCUGAGCACAGAAUUUACUCAACAUCAGAGAAUUCAUACCAGAAGAAACCUUAUGAAUGUGAUGGCUGUGGGAAGACCUGUAGAGACUGUUUAGCCUACCCUUGAGAAUUCAUACUCUGAAGAAAACUUAUGGAAGUAAUAUCAGAUGACCCACAAUUAGGAAAAAAAAAUACCUACCAAUAUAGCUGAAGGAAGCUACUGUACGGAGGAUUGUCUGAAUGGGCAGCUAGCCCAAUAGCAUGAAUGCCUAUAAUGGACAAAAACCUGGACAAAGAAGAAUUUUGCUGGAAUACAGAGUUUCCUUAACCUCACAGUAUUAGCUAGAAUGGCUUUGAGUAGAAUUUCAGCUUGAGUGUAUCCUUCAUUCAGCAUGAAGCAAUUUAUUUCAAACAAACAAACAUACAUCCUUACCUUCUGUCUUAGAAUUAAUACUGUGUAUUGGUUCUAAGGCAGAAGAGUGGUAAGGGCUACACUAUGGUGGUGAAGUGACUUGCCCAGGGUCACACAGCUAGGAAGUGUCUAAGGCAAGAUUGGAACCUAGGACCUCCCAUCUUUGGGCCUGGCUCUCAAUCCACUGAGCCACCCAGCUACCCCCAGCAAUUUGUUCUUGAUAAAACUUUUAUGAAUAACAAAUGUUUUAGAGAUGUUCCUCUUACCCAGGAGUUGUUUACCUUUUCUUAUGUCAUGGGUCACUGUUGGCUUCCUCGUUUUGGCCUACCAGCACGUAUUGACUCCAAUAGAGGGAGUCAUUUUACCAAUUCUGUCUUAAAUCAAAUAUAUUCUUGCUUGGGGAUAACUCCAAAAUUCCAUGUUCCAUAUCACCCCCAGAGCUCAGGCCAAGUGGAGAGGAUGAAUAAAGAACUUAAGACCGUGAUUGGCAAAUUAUGCACUGAGACCGAUUUAAAAUGGCCUGAAAUUCUCCCUCUGGCCCUAUUUUAUCUUAGAAGCAGGCCUAGAGGAGACUUACAUAUUUCACCAUUUGAGAUGCUUUUUGGACAUCCGCCUAUACAGGCUAAGCCUUUCUCCCCGGCUUAUACAUCGCUAUUAGGGGGAGAUAUUACUAUUGCUUCCUAUAUACAGGAGUUACAGCACAAACUACGUGAACUUCAUGAAUCCGGAGCUGCAGUACAAGCCAGACCAUUAGACUUUUCUCUGCAUGACCUGAACCCAGGAGAUAAAGUUUAUAUCAAGAAUUUCAAGCGAACUGGAGCAACUCAACCUUCAUGGGAAGGACCAUUCCAAAUAUUAUUAACUACUCCAACAUCUAUAAAGAUUGGAGAAAGAGACUCUUGGAUUCACUGCUCACAUGUGAAGAAAGCAUCUUCUGCUGAGACUGAUUGACUCUAUCCUAUCAUAUGAAUUGUGACUCUAUCUUAUCAUAUGAAUUGGAGAUAAUAAUCCAUAGGCCAAUGGAUGCUGUUUUUUUUUCAAGAAUAUAUUGAAUUACUGAUUUUUUUCUUAUUUUUUCUUAUUUCUUUUAUUUUUUGAUCAGAAUAUUUGAUUUUUUUCUCAUUUUUUGUACUGAAGGUACACAUAAUUAAUAUUAAUAUUAUUUUUCCCUGCAGUAAUACAAGUUAAUAUAUAUACUCUUGCUAUAAUAUCAAUAUAUGCCUAAAAGCUUUAAACUAUGGGAACCUGCCAUUUAUUGAUAAAAUAUUCUAGGACUGUGAUUAAUGUUUGUGUCUGAUUCCAGGAAAAGGGAUAAAAACAAGGAGCACAGACUAAACCUGAAUAGUGCCAAUAGAGCACACAAGAAAUAUUAAAGUGAGACUCGAGGUUGCGAUGCUUAACUUAUGUUUAAGUCGUAGGACUUCCUUGUAUCUACACUCUUUUCGAAGUACUCAAACAAGUACAAAGCUUGACUAUCAUGCUGGCUCCCUAUAUCCCUGAGGAAAAUAAAAUCAGACGAGGGAAUGACAUUUCCCCAUUAAAAUAGAAUUCUAAUUCUUUUCUUCUUAUAUUAUGGCAACUUCCUGUAGUCUUGGCUACAAAUGGCUAAGUGAAAUAUUACUGCAUUCUGUCCUACAUACUUGUGGGAUAGAAAUUACUUUAAACUGGACCUAUACAAGGUCUAUUUUGAAUUUUUCUUAUGUUUUUGAUUAUUUUUCUAUUCUUUUGAUAAUUGACACAUACACCCCCAUAACUGAACAUUGCAUUCUGAGCUAAACUUGAUAUAUUUUUUUAAUACUAACUUCAGGGGGGAUUGUAUUUUAAUUUAAAAUCUAAGAAUUUUUGAAUUUUUUUUUGUUUGAGAUUGUAUUUUUAUAAAAAUCCAAGAAUUUUGUUUAAGAUUUUACUUUUAUAAAAAAAUUCAAAGAUUUUGAUUCUGUUUGAGAAAAGAUCUUCAAGAAAGAAGCUUGAAACUUUUAUAUCCAGAGAAUGAACUGUUGCAGAAAGAUGCUGAAACCCUACACUUCAUCAAGAAAAUCAAGAAUGAACUUUGGAUGUGAUUGAUUGGACUGAACUUUUGAUUGAACAUUUAUUGUAACUGUACACAUUUAUGCCAAAAGGGACUGCCCCUAAUUUGGCUUUCUGUCAAUGCGCCUAGCAAACAUUGGUUUUGCUUUCUUUUCUUUUCUAUUUCCUCUCUCACUAUUCUAAUUUCUCUUAGAAAAUUGAAUACUGUGUAUAUCUUUAGUUAGAAGUGAAUUUAGAACUACAAAAUGAUUAUGUUAAAUGAUCAAUGGGGAGACUAGUCUCCCAAUGAUCAUCAGGGGGGAUUGUAAACCUUAAAAUUUCUUAGACUUAUAAAUGUUGGAAAUUUCACCAUUGGGAAAUUUCAUACUUGGAAAAUUUCUUACUGAUAGUGUAUUGGAAUGUGAACCCCAUUGGCAUGGGAGGUUCCUUCUCCUCCUUUCUUAAGUUUACUUUAGGACAGAAACCUUUUGCUGAACAAUGGAAAGGGCUUUGACCUAUGCUUAAGCACAGAACAGGAAUUUCUUUGAGUCAUGAUUGAUUUUAGAAUUGAUACAAUAGAGAUACUUGGAAUGACAGAAUCAGGUCUUGGAAAAUACAAUUUCCACCCCACUCAGUCCUAACAGGAUUUAGGAAGGGCUGCAGCAUAGAUCAAAAUUUAAUUAUUUGAGAAUAUGACCUCCAACAGACAUGUGCAAAGCCCAGACCUCUGGGCGGUCCUGGGUUAAGCUAGAGCCACCAUUGGCACAGGGAAAAUGAUGGACAGUGAUUGGUAGAUGUGAGAACUGAGGGGAGGGAACUUGGAUGGUUUCCUUAAAGAUAGAGGGGUCUGAGGACUGGGGGGUGGUUGGAGAGUUUUGGCUCUGAGUGGUUGGAGAGGUGCUCUGAGAAGCUUGCUCUGAAGGAAGCUGAAGGUGGGGGCCUCUGAGACUUUCUUCAUUUUGGUCACGUGAGUAAUAGGGACUGAUCUCUUUUCUUUGCCCCAGCUAUCUAAGGGCUUGGGCCUUUUGGCCCAGCCUAAACAGAGGGGGUAUUUAAGCCCUAUUCCCUUCUCUCCUCUCUCUCUCUCUCUCUCUCUCUCUCUCUCGCUCUCUCUCUCUCUCUCUCUCUCUCUCUCUAAUUCCUUUCUUCCUCCUGUCUGUAAUUAAACUCUAUAAAAGGUUGACGGCU